GUGCGACUGCCGGCGGCCCCAGCUCAGCGAGCGAGGCGGACAUGAGGUUGGCAGGUCCCCUUCGGAUUGUGGCCUUGAUUGCUGUUGCUGGCCUCACCUGGAUUGUAAUCAACAUCCUCCUGGGCGGGCCGGCCAGUGGCUUUCCACGCAUCCAGCAACUUUUCACCAGCCCGGAGAACACAGUGACAGCAGAACCGCGGGCCAGGAAGUACAAGUGCGGCCUGCCCCAGCCGUGUCCUGAAGAGCACCUGGCCUUCCGCAUGGUCAGCGGGGCUGCCAAUGUCAUUGGACCCAAGAUCUGCCUUGAGGACAGGAUGCUCAUGAGCAGCGUCAAGGACAAUGUGGGUCGGGGUCUGAACAUUGCCCUAGUGAACGGGGUCAAUGGGGAGCUGAUUGAGGCCAGGGCCUUCGACAUGUGGGCUGGAGAUGUCAACGACCUGCUGAAAUUCAUUCGGCCGCUGCACGAAGGCACCUUGGUGUUCGUGGCUUCCUAUGAUGACCCAGCUACCAAGAUGAACGAGGAGACCAGAAAGCUUUUCAGUGAGCUGGGCAGCCGCAAUGCCAAGGAGCUGGCUUUCCGGGACAGCUGGGUGUUUGUAGGAGCCAAGGGCGUGCAAGACAAGAGCCCCUUUGAGCAGCACGUGAAGAACAGCAAGCACACCAAUAAGUACGAGGGUUGGCCUGAGGCCCUGGAGAUGGAAGGCUGCGUCCCCCGGAGGAGCACAGCCAGUUAGC